AUGGAAGGGUUAUUAUUUAAUGUUAAUAACGGAUAUGUUGAAGGGGUUGUUAGAGGAUAUAGAAACGGAUUGUUAGUUAGUAAUCAAUAUUUGAACUUAACUCAAUGUGAUAAUUUGGAAGAUUUAAAAUUACAAUUAUCCUCAACUGAUUAUGGUAACUUUUUAAGUCAACAUAAUGGACCAUUAUCAACAUCUAUCAUUAGAGAUAAUUUAUCCAAGAAAUUAUAUCAAGAAUUUCAAUAUUUGAAAAAACAAUCAAGUGGUAAAUUAUCGAAAUUUUUAGAUUUUAUUACUUAUGGAUAUAUGAUUGAUAAUGUAGCAUUAAUGAUUACUGGUACAAUUCAUGAAAGAGAUAGAAGUGAAAUCUUAGAAAAAUGUCAUCCUUUAGGUUGGUUUGACACUUUACCUACAUUAUCAAUUGCCACUGAUAUUGAAAGUUUAUAUAGUACUGUUUUAAUUGAUACUCCAUUAGCACCAUUUUUCAAAGAUUGUUUAUCAGCUGAAGAUUUAGAUGAUUUGAAUAUUGAAAUUAUUAGAAAUAAAUUAUUCAAGAAUUAUUUAGAAAGUUUUAUUGAAUUCAUUGAAAAAGAAUUUGGUCAACCUGAUAAGGAAAUAAUGUUAAAUUUAUUGAAUUUUGAAAGUGAUAAAAGAGUUAUUAAUAUUGCUUUGAAUUCUAUUAAUAAUAGUGAAUUAACUAGUGAUAUUAAAUUAAGUUUAUUCCCACAAAGUGGUAAAUUAUAUCCAUUAUAUCAUAAUCAAUUAUCAAAUAUUGAUGAUCCUGAACAAUUGAAAACUAUCGUUUCUUCAAUUUAUGAAUAUAAAGAAUUAUUCAAUGAAAGUCAAGAUAAUUCUGGAUCUUCAAGAAACUUGGAAGAUUGGUUUUAUUUAUUGGAAAUGAAAUAUUGUAAGAAUGCUUUCACUCAACAAUUUACUUUAUCAACCAUUUGGGCUUGGUUAAGAUCAAAAGAACAAGAAAUCAGAAAUAUAACUUGGAUUGCUGAAUGUAUUGCUCAAAACCAAAAGAAUAGAAUUGAUAAUUAUAUUGCAGUUUAUUAA